AUGAGGGGGACUGGGCUCUGGACGUGCCCGUGGUUGCUGUCAUUGCACUUGCUACUCUGUGUCUCAGGGCUCCAAGCAGUAAGCAUCCGUGAGAUGAAAGUGUGUCUCAUAGAAGGAGACAGCCUGACCUUAACCUGUCCUUACAACAUCAGGAAAUACGCCCUCCGUCCAAAGGCCUGGCAGAGAGUGAGAAGCCAGGGUCCCCCUGAGACAUUGUUGAGCACAGAAAUUGGAGACACAAGCACACCAAACCAAGUCCAAGCUGGGAGGUACCUGCUGGAGGAUUUACCCACAGAAGCCGUUGUGAAGGUCACGGUGACAGGGCUCCAGAGGCAGGAUGAAGGACUGUAUCAAUGUGUGGUUGACCUCUCUCCUAGUGAACCCUUUGUCCUGCAUGAUCGAGUUCGGCUGUCACUGUGCAAUGGUGUGUCGAUGUUGGUUAUUGUCCUGACAUGUGGCUUCAUUCUGAACAAGAGCCUGGUGUUCUCAAUCCUGUUCAUCCUUCUCUGGAAAUCCAGGGCUUCAGGGGGCCCCCCAAACUGGGUGGAGCAGCCACACCUGCCUGAAGUUCUGAGGAAGAGGGCGGCUCUUGGGCUGUUUCCGCUGCGGAGCCCCUGGGUGAUAGGCUCUGUGGGCCCCUGCGGUCUGCUGGUCUUGAACCAGGCCUUCUCCAGCCAGAACCAGGUGGCAUCAUACUGCAUCAGCCUGGAGCCCUAA